UGUGGAUUGGGCUGGCAACAUCCUCACUUUAGAUGACACUAAAAUUUUGAGUGUGAGCUGUAUUGUGGUAGCAAAAAAAAAACAGUAUGACUCGAGGCUUUCUAUUCGGGGGAAACGCAAAUAAUCAGAAUCAAAGCAAGUAUUUGGUUGAGUUCAAAGCGGGAAAAAUGAGUCAGAAGGGUAAGAUGGUGCACCCAGACAAGCGGCAAGGAAUGGUGUAUGUUCAUCAGAGUGAGGAUUCACUCAUGCACUUCUGCUGGAAAGAUCGUACCAGUGGUGCCGUGGAAGAAGAUCUGAUAAUUUUCCCGGAUGACGUGGAAUUCAAGAGAGUCCCAGAAUGCACAACAGGGAGAGUUUACGUCCUCAAGUUCAAGUCCUCGUCACGAAGAUGCUUCUAUUGGAUGCAGGAGCCUAAAGCUGAAAAAGACCAAGAGCUUGUUCGCAAAGUGAACGAGUUUCUCAACAAUCCACCUAGCCGAGCUCCUUCUUCGGACCUGCAGGCAGAGUUGAGUAACAUAGGGGAUGAAAAUCUACAGAACCUCCUCAACAACAUGAGCCAACAUCAACUGGUGCAACUUCUCGGAGGAAUUGGUGGAAGCAACCUGAGCUCCUUGUUGGGCAGAGGAUCCUCAACAUCAAUCUCUGGCGCUCGCAGGACAACGGAAACUUUGCCACCAUCGAGCACUACGACCCAGGAGAGUGAACCCUCCAUUCAGCUGAGUGACCUGCAGAGUAUCCUCUCUGGCAUCAAAGUGCCCAGUUCUGAACAAAUGGGUGGAGAUGCCAACAAAGAGCAGCCUGUCAAUGUUGACCUCUCAACGGCACUCAAUGCGGAGGCAGUCUUGCAACCUCUCCUCUCCAAUCGGGAACUGAUGUCACGUGUGGAAGCACUGCUGCCUCCUCAAGUGGGUCAAACGUCAGAUGAACAUCUUCGGGAUACUCUGAGAUCACCACAAUUUCAACAGGCAUUGAGCAUGUUCAGCAGUGCUCUCCAAUCCGGCCAAUUAGGUCCACUCAUGGCACAGUUUGGAAUGGAUGCCACAGUGGUAGAUGCUGCUAACUCUGGAGACAUGGAAGCUUUUGUGAAAGCCCUGCAGAGCUCAAAGUCUGAUGAGAAGCCCAAGGAUGAAGAUGAAGACAUGGGCCUUGACUGAACUAACGCAUUAAACUCUGAAUCAUGACGUA